AACAAACUAGAGAGCCCUGACGAAUCUUCUUCGUGAUGUGGUGGUUCUACCGCAAAGGACCCUCCGGCUUCUCUGGCGCCUCCACGGCCGAGGAGGUCACCGCCGGCGUCGACGGCCACCUUCUGGUCGCCGUCAUCACAGGUGCGACGAGCGGCAUCGGGCUGGAGACGGCGCGCGUUCUGGCGCUGCGCGGUGUGCGCGUCGUCAUGGCCGUCCGCAACGUCUCAGCCGGGCUCAUGGCCAAGGAUGCCAUCGUGGCCAAGACCCCCGACGCAAGAAUCGACGUUCUGGAGCUGGACCUCAGCUCCAUAGCUUCCGUGAGGAGAUUCGCCUCCGAGUUCGACUCUCUCAAACUGCCCCUCAACAUUCUCAUCAACAACGCCGGAGUGAUGACAAGGAACUGCACACGUUCCUGCGACGGUCUGGAGCUGCAUUUUGCAACAAAUCACAUCGGUCAUUUUCUUCUAACAAACCUCGUACUGGAGAACAUGAAGAGCACGUGCAGGGACACAGGCACCGAGGGACGGAUCGUCAAUGUGACAUCUGCAGGGCAUGUGAUGACCUAUCCUGAAGGGAUACGCUUCGAAACAAUCCGUGAUCCAUCCGGCUGCAAAUCUGCUGUACGUAGUUUGAACGACUUCAUUGCUUACGGCCAAUCCAAGCUCGCCAACAUCCUUCAUACAAAUGAAUUGUCCCGGAUCUUCAAGGAGGAAGGAGUGAACAUUUCAGCCAAUUCAGUUCAUCCUGGUCUCAUCGCCACGAACCUUUUCAGGGCCUUUGGCAGGACCAUCAUUGCCGUAUCUUUACAGCUUUUUUUAACACCGUUGGAAGGAUCGUGCGUAGAAGCGUAGAACAGGGCGCUGCGACAACAUGCUAUGUGGCAGUGCAUCCUCAAGUGAAGGGGCUAAGUGGGAAGUACUUUGCUAACUGUAAUAUAGCCAGCCCGAGCUCGCAAGCCUCGGAUGCUGAGUUGGCCAAGAAGCUAUGGGAAUUCAGUCUGCAGACAGUUUCUUGAUUAGGCGCUUGUCAGAUCUGCUGAUGCGCGUGUAUUCAUGUGUAUGUGUAUGUUUAUACAUUUUCUCCAGAGUUCAUGUCGGUGUAUGCCGUUAAAUAUGUCUAGACUUUUAUUCAAAAUUAUUCAAGAAUCGAACUCAUGGAGCCCUAAGCUUCUAGAGUCGAAGUCAAUCGCAAGAGUUGUGUUUUACCCAGGCUUGCUCGUAAAAUGAUAGAGAGAGAGAGAAGGACAAGAAAGAAAGAAAAAUAGUUCAUGCAGAA